GCGACUGGACAAUCUUUAAUCAUUCUGCUCCAUAAGUAAUCGGAUACCCUGCUUCCUAUCUAGGUACCUGUGAAGCAGCGGAAAAAAAUUGUACCAUAGUCUGUGCAGGAAAAGUCGGUACUUUAUCAAGAAGGGCGUAUCUGCUUACGAAGUAUGACAAAACUUGCAGUAGUAGGUGGCGGAAACGGAUUUAUUGGUCGUGCUCUGGCUAAGCAGUUACAGAAAUCUGGUUACAAGGCCCUGUCAGUUUCAAGAAAGCCAGGAGAAAAUACAUUAACAUGGAAGUCUAUUGAAACUGAGGGACUGCCAAAAAACACUGAAGUGGUCAUAAAUCUUACUGGAGAACCUGUUCUUAAUGUUUUUAAAAGGUGGACUCCAAACUUUAAGCAAGAAGUUUGGGAUAGCAGAAUAAAAACGACAAAAACUUUGAGAACGGCUGUUUUGGCAGCUGACACUCCACCAAAAGUUUGGGCUACAGUAUCGGGUGUGGGGUUUUACCCUCCUAGUACUUCUCGAAUUUAUGAUGAGCUCUCUGUCCCUGAAUCAACUGAUUUUUGGUCCGAACUUACUCAUGCUUGGGAGAAUUCAGGAAGAAUUAAAAAUGAAAAUACUCGACACUUUGUUGUGAGAUCAGGUGUUGUGCUUGGAAAAAAUGGAGGUGCCAUGUCAGAAAUGUUACCCCCAUUUAAACUUGGUCUUGGCGGACCGAUGGGUGAUGGGAAACAGUGGUUUCCAUGGAUACACAUAGAUGACAUAGCUGGUAUAUUCAUGCAUGGUGUUAAGAACACAUCGGUGCGCGGUGUGUUGAACGGUGUAGCACCUGAAGCACACACAAAUGGAGAGUUCAGUAAAGCCUUAGGAUCAGUUCUUUCAAGGCCAGCUUUGCUGCCAUUGCCAAGUUUUGUAGUUAAAGCUUUAUACGGUUCAGAGCGCAGUGUGAUGCUUUUACAGGGACAGAAUGUAUACCCAAAGUUGACACUUGAUUCUGGAUAUGUGUAUUCCUAUCCAAAGCUUGAUGCUGCUUUGAAAGAAGUAACAUCUCGAUAAUACUGAUGUACCAGAGCUGUAGAAGUUUAUUUUCACUUAAUUUACCAUAUUUUUCACUGUAAACACGAAUACACCUUUACGUAUUGCAUAUCAUAGCUGUAAACUUACAAAGAAUCAGUCAUGUUUUGAGUUUAAUAAUAUGGGACAAAGUCCUUUAAAUCUGUGUGUAUAUAAUAUUAGAAAUACUUAUAACUGUGUAUGACACAAAUUUAUUUGAUUUUUGUUAUAG